AUUUCCCUUCGCUUCUAACACUGGAUAAGCCCCUCUUCUGUCUCUCUCUCUCCUCAGUUUCAAGCCAAGUUUCCACGAUGAUAUAACUUUGAAAUCCCAAAUUGCCAAACCCAAAAAUUCCUUUUUUUUUUUAAUACUUAUAUAAUACAUAUACAGUUAGUUCCAAUGGCGGCAGUUAGUUCUCUAUCUUUCUCGGCAAUUGGUCAAACUUCCGCCGACAGGAAAGUCAAUGUCUCAUCGGCUCGUUAUCUGGCUUCCAAUUUCGAAGGAUUCGGUUUCCGCACAAGCCUUUUGUAUCAUUCCCUCGGGGUUCGAGUUUCCACUGCAGCUUCUUCUUCCGUUGUUCAUUGCAUGUCUACUGCUACUGAUGUCCCAACUGUAUCUGAAACAAAGUCGAAUUUUUUAAAAGCAUAUAAACGACCCAUCCCAAGUGUGUACAACACGGUUUUGCAGGAGCUGAUUGUGCAGCAACAUUUGAUGAGGUACAAGAGGACUUACCUGUAUGAUGCCGUGUUCGCCCUUGGUUUUGUUACUGUAUAUGAUCAAUUGAUGGAAGGAUAUCCGAGUGAUGAGGAUCGAGAUGCCAUCUUCCAAGCUUAUAUCAAAGCAUUGAAAGAGAAUCCCCAACAGUAUAGAAUUGACGCACAGAAAUUGGAAGAGUGGGCCCGUGCUCAAACUUCCAGUUCACUAGUUGAGUUUCCAUCAAGAGAUGGAGAAGUUGAGGGGAUACUGAAAGACAUUGCAGAAAGAGCUGGGGGAAAGGGGAGUUUCAGCUAUAGCCGUUUCUUUGCUGUUGGGUUGUUUCGUCUUCUUGAGCUGGCCAAUGCAACUGAACCUACAGUUUUAGAGAAGCUUUGUGCAGCCUUAAAUAUCAACAAAAGAAGUGUGGACCGAGAUCUUGAUGUGUAUAGGAAUCUUCUUUCCAAGCUGGUUCAAGCGAAAGAGUUGCUUAAGGAGUAUGUUGAUAGGGAUAUUAAUUUGCAGACGAAUUGCAAACUGGGAGAUAAGAAGUAAACACUUAACAUUUCAAAGAUACCAUGCUAGUGCACCCACACGUGAAAAAGUCAGACUUGCUUCAGUUUCAUCUUAUACCUGAAAACCACUCUUGAAAAAUGAAUAGAGUAGCCAGUUCGGUACCUUCAAUUGUAAAUGCAGUCAUCACUUUGUACUUGAAUUGCUACCUUAAAGAUGUGAUUCUUCGCCAAUGAAUUUUAAGAUAUUAAUGUAAUUCUUUCUUUGUUGUUGAAUUGUUUUACACGAUGCUGUUGU